UGGAAAAGCUCAGCUGGAUGGCUUAGUAUCGACUGCUAAGGAGAACGGCUGUGAAAUUCGCUGAGACGAAGGGGAAAUGUCAGGUGCAUGACAAUGUGGUCAAACUCCGGCGUAGAUCCGUUGGACAUUGAUAAUAAAUUGAAAUGUCUCGCAACCCCAACAGCCUCACUGACACCUACCAUCGUGAUACUUACCCCGCCAUCUCCCCUACCAAGCCUUCUCUUAGCCAGGCUGGCAGGACAAUCCUCAUCACAGGAGGUGGUAGCGGAAUAGGUUUUGCAAUCGCACGUUCUUUCGCCCAAGCUUCCGCUUCUCGAAUUAUUAUCGUGGGGCGCAGAGCCUCUGUCUUGGAAGAAGCGGCUUCAAAGCUGCGAGAAGAGUUCAAAGACUCUAAUCCUGCAACUGAAUUCAUCACUCGCCCGGGAGACAUUGGAGACGACUCAUCCAUCUCCGCGCUUUGGGAUUACCUAACCUCACAAAACAUCUUCGUACGCGUUUUGGUGCUCAAUGCUGCCCAUGUUACACCUUGGGGUUCAGAUACGUUGAAGAUGGAUAAACGAGACCUCAUGGAAGCGUUCGAUGUUAACAUCGGUGGUAAUUUCCUUAUGACGGUGAAAUUUGUGAAUCAGCCCAUCCGUCCUCGGGGUGAACAGCUCAACCUGAUUAACCUCUCGACGGCGAAUAUUCAUAUGUAUCCUUUGCCGAACCAGACUCCGUAUGCGACAUCGAAAUCGGGGUUUACUACACUGAUUGGAAGGAUUGCGGAUGAACACCCCGUGGAGGAAUUACAGAUUAUUUCGUACAAUCCGGGGACACAUUAUUCGGAAAGCGCAGCCAAGUAUUUCGAGAAAGGCCAUUAUAAAUGGGAUGAAAUGGCGUUACCAGGAAACUUUGCCGUCUGGGCAGCGUCUCCAGAGGCGUCUUGGCUACACGGCCGUUUUGUCUGGGCGCAUUGGGAUGUGGAUGAACUAAGAGCUGAUAAGGAGUUUAUGAAACGGUUGGAUCAGGAGAGAGGCUUCCUGAAAGUAGCGGUCCAAGGAUUGGAAGAGGUCGAUUUUCAGGCGCUAUGGGAUAAUUAGAAGCGCGCUGCUUUUAUUUAUCAAAUGUUGUAAACUCCUUGAUGCGAUGGGCACAUAGCGUAGGGG